CAUUGCUGCCGCUCCGGAAACACACGGCGUGUUUGAAACUUUUCGAGUGACGCGUAUUGCUCGUCUCCUGAACGAGAAAAUCGCGGCUCGAGUGAAAGUCGCACCGACUAGACUCCGGAAAGAGGUCUCAUCCUCGAAAGGCCGAGCCUCGAGACCCGUCUGUGCACCGGUCGGCCACCGGCUCAUCGCGCGCGUUGAAUUGGGGUUUCCAGGAGCCACUCUGCGAAUCCGAUUGGAUAGACACCGAAUUGAAAAUGAUGCUCAGGCGUGCCAUCCUUUCUGCGGGACCUUCGAUCCUCCGGCAGACUCCGGGUAACGCCCGAGUCAAUGCUGCGCUGAUGCAUAAAGUUCAGACACGGGCUUAUGCAUCCGAGGGACUGCCGAUGAAUACAGUUUUGCUCUUCGUCCCGCAACAAGAAGCUUGGAUCGUCGAACGUAUGGGCAAAUUCUUCCGCGUACUUGAACCGGGCUUGAACAUUCUGAUUCCUAUAGUCGAUAGGGUUAAAUACGUUCAGAGCCUCAAAGAAUUAGCUAUAGACAUCCCUCAGCAAAGCGCUAUCACUUCGGACAAUGUAACUCUGAAUAUCGAUGGAGUACUCUACCUAAAGGUCCAAGACCCAUACAAGGCCAGCUACGGAGUUGAGGAUCCCGAGUUCGCUGUGACUCAACUCGCCCAAACCACGAUGCGUUCCGAACUGGGGAAAAUAGCCCUGGAUUCUGUUUUCAAGGAGAGAGAAUCGCUGAAUAUCGCAAUAGUGGAAGCUAUCAACAAAGCCUCAAAUGCGUGGGGCAUCGUCUGUCUCCGAUACGAGAUCCGAGACAUCAAGUUACCGACCCGUGUGAUGGAAGCCAUGCAGAUGCAGGUGGAGGCUGAGCGCAAAAAACGCGCGGCUAUACUCGAGUCGGAGGGCGUGCGUGAAGCUGAUAUCAACGUCGCCGAGGGUAAGAAGCGAGCCAGAGUUCUGGCCUCCGAAGCCGAAAAGAUCGAGCUAAUCAACUUGGCUGUCGGAGAAGCCGAAGCCAUCCAGAAAAAGGCCGUCGCCAAAGCUGAAGCACUCAACGUCGUCGCACGAUCUCUCGACCAGCGAGGCUCAUCCGCCGCUAGUCUAUCGGUAGCCGAACAGUACGUCGCGGCUUUCUCCAAACUGGCGAAAGAAUCGAACACCAUCAUGCUUCCAUCCAACUCCGGCGACAUGUCCUCGAUGGUCGCUCAAGCAAUGGGUAUUUACCAGAGGUUGAAUAGGCCCGUCACCCAAAUCGCACAGACACAGAACGAGCACGACGGAAAGGACCCUGGGGAAUAUUUCAGUGAUCAAGAGGAUAUCCCCACCGGCAAAGAGAAAUAGUUUCAAGGGUUGAAUUAUUAUAAUAAAAUUA